AGCUCGAUGCUUCAGAACAGUUCUGGGUCUGAACAUGGCAAAGUCUUGUGUUGUGUUUUUAGCUCUCUCCGCUUUGGCGGUCCAAAGCGCCGUACUGAACACCGAAGAUACACUGCUCAAAAGGGUAGCGCGUUCUCCAUGUGACGAAUGCGACCGACAUCACGGUCCUCCACCCCCACCGUUCUGGCCGCCGCCACCACCACCAAGGUUCCACACGCAAAACUGGAGCGGCUAUGCCCGUGGAUCUGAUGGUGGGCAAGGAGUUUUCAGCGGAGCGGCAGCUUCAGCUGAUCUUGGUGCCGAUGCUGGCGGUCAGGCUGUUUCGAUUGCUUCAGCAAAUUCAGCAGCAAACACAGGAGCAAAUGCAGCUGCUAAUGCAGGAGCAACUGCAGGAGCUGCAGGUGGCUACGGAUCUGGAGCAGGAGUUAAAGGUGGUUUUGGAGGAUCCUCUGGCAAUGGCCAAGCUCAAACUAACGUCUUCAACGGAGGAAAUGAUUUCCAGUCUGGUCAUUACAAAGAAUCUCAUUACUCUUACCAAGGUGGAAGCAAAUCCGAUGGAAAUGGAGGAUCUAACUUCGCUGGACAGAGGGGAGAUAUUGGCGGACAAGGCUCGCAAUCUAACGGGCAAAGCGGAUCUUACGCCAGUUCAGGCGCUGCAAGCCAAGGGUUAUCUGGAAACGAGCAGCAACAAUCAGGUAAUGGUUUCCAUGGAAACGAAGAUAGCCAAUCACAGAGUAACUCGUUCUCAAGCCAAGGACAAGGGCUCUCAGGCAACGGCCAGCAACAGCAUGCCAAUCUAGACCAAGGUUUCUCUGGAAAUGGUCAUCAACAACAUCAGGGGCAGUACUCAGGCAACGGACAGCAACAAUCAUCAAACUACGUCUCUGGAUCUAGUUCUAACGCCCAGAGCAGUGCAUCCUCUGGUCAGGGUGGUGCUAAGCAUGACGUCGAGUACACAGGAAAUCAGCAACAAGUGCAAUCUAGCUGGCAAAAAGAAGGAUACGGUUCUGGGAGUGCCUCGGGGCAGGCCGGUGGGUCCCAUGGUGCAUCUGGUUCGAACGGUUUCGGCGAGGGUCAAUCGGCCUUAAACGGGGCAUUGAACCUGGCUUCCCAGGGUCUUCAGACAGCUGAGGGAUGCAGCACUUGUGGGAAAAGCAGCUAUGCCCUGAGCAAUGCCAAGAGCCACAGCGGUAACGCCGUCGCACUGUCUAUUGGUGGUUAAAUUAUUUUAAAUCUGUACCUGACAUUUUCCCUGAUUUUAUGUU